UGUUGAUACAUUGCGGCCUUUAAUGGAAUUACAUUACUCACCAGAGAACCCUAUAUUGGAAAAAAUUAUACAACUCACUACAGAAACUUUAAAUAUAUCUACUUAUAAAGGACAUCAGAAUGCCGCUGCAUUGGAAAAUUACCUAACUAAAGCAAAUUAUUUUGCGGGCAUACAAUUUGAGGACUCACUUUCUCAAAUAACGGAAUACCCUAAGCAAAUAUCUUUUGCAAUACGUUUCCCAAGCGAAUUACGCACAAUUAGUUUAAGUAUUGAUUUUACAUGGCUAACGAAUAGUCUGUUUAUGCCGAUUGAUUUAAGUGGGCCAAGAGGUGUUGACGAUGCUGAUGGUGGCGUACCAGUUGGGUACAUACGUGAAGGAUUCUUACCACUGCAAAAUGCCUUAUCUUUAGCUUACAUAAAAUUAGCUAGUGGAGCAGAAUCUUUACCCGAAAUCAUAAUGCAACGUUUUCCGUAUCCAGAUUAUAUAUACGAUCCACUUUUACAGGGUAUAACUACACUUAUACCAACAAUAGUAUUGUUAUGCUUUAUAUAUUCUGCCAUCAAUACAACUAAGAAUGUAACAAUGGAAAAGGAGAAACAGCUGAAAGAAGUUAUGAAAGUUAUGGGCUUGAGUAAUUGGUUACAUUGGGUGUCGUGGUUUGUUAAAGCUUUCCUUAUUUUGGCCAUAACUUCAAUAUUGGUAGUAGUUUUGUUUAAGAUAAGAUGGUCCAAUGAUGUAGCAGUUCUUACAUACUCUAGUUGGACAGCAAUGAUCUUCUUUAUGUGGAUAUAUUCCAUUACCACAAUUUGUUUUUGCUUCAUGUUGUCUACUUUCUUCUCGAAAGCAAGCACUGCUGCAGCCGUCGCUGGACUUGGAUCAUUUAUAACUUACUUACCAUUUAGUUUAUUAUUGUAUUCUUACGAUGAUCUUAGUUUAGCAGAAAAAUUACUUUGGAGCUUGCUUUCAAAUUCAGGUAUGGGUUUCGGUUUCAAAGUUAUUUUAAGUCACGAAGGAAGUGGAGAGGGUUUACAAUGGAGUAAUAUGUUUGAUGCAGCUACUGCAGAUGACAGCCUAUCACUUGGGGCUGUAAUUUUGGUUAUGUUAGGAGCAUCUAUUCUGUACAUGCUAAUUUGCUUAUAUGUGGAACAAAUAUUUCCCGGUGAUUUCGGUGUACCACAAAAAUGGAAUUUUCCAUUCACAAAAACGUUUUGGUGUGGUGUUGAUAAUGUAGAUUUUAGUGAUAAUGACAUUGGAAUAGAACGACAAAAUCCAGAUGCUUUUGAAGCCGAACCAAAAGAUAAACAUGUGGGUAUACAUGUUAAGAAUCUCAAAAAACAAUUUGGUGAAAAAACGGUUGUCAAAGGUUUGAACGUUAAGAUGUUCGAAAAUGAAAUAACUGUGUUAUUAGGGCACAAUGGAGCAGGAAAGACCACCACCAUAUCUAUGUUAAUCGGCAUGUUUCCUCCGACUGCUGGUACAGCUACUAUUAACGGCAGCGAUGUUCGCACAAAUACACAGGGUGCACGCAUGUCAUUAGGAAUCUGUCCACAACAUAAUGUACUAUUUGAUGAUCUCAGUGUAGCUAAUCAUAUUGUGUUCUUUAGUCGAUUGAAAGGAUUAAGAGGAGCAGCCAUACAAAGAGAAGUAGCUAAGUAUUUAAAAAUGAUCGAAUUAGAAGAUAAAGCGAAUGUUGCAUCAUCUAAAUUAUCUGGUGGUAUGAAACGUAAAUUAUCAGUAUGUUGUGCUCUAUGUGGAGACACUAAAGUUGUACUUUGUGAUGAACCCAGUUCUGGUAUGGAUCCAGCUGCUAGACGACAAUUGUGGGAUCUAUUACAAGCUGAAAAAGUUGGUCGAACUCUUUUGCUCACAACUCAUUUUAUGGAUGAAGCUGAUGUUUUGGGUGAUCGUAUAGCAAUUAUGUGUGAUGGUGAAUUAAAAUGUCACGGCACUUCGUUUUUCUUAAAGAAAAAAUAUGGUUCUGGUUAUCAUUUGAUUUGCGUGAAGCGAGAUAAUUGUGAUGCCAGUAAAGUUACUUCUUUACUGAAUGAAUUUAUACCAAAUUUACAACCAGAGUCGGAUAUAGGUGCAGAAUUAUCAUAUUUAUUACCUGACUCUCAUUCCGAUAAAUUUGAACAGAUGUUCGGUGCUUUAGAACUCAGGUCAGAUGAACUCCAAUUAAGUGGUUAUGGAGUUGGUAUUAGCUCAAUGGAAGAAGUAUUUAUGAAGGUGGGUGCAGAGAAUAGUUCAGAUGGUGAGGCAAAGCAACACACUGAUAUAAUGAAUUUCGAUUAUGGCAAUUUAGAUAGAAAACCUACGCAAUUUGAACACAUACUUUCAAAUAACGGUGAUUUAUUGAUUGGUACUGGUUUAUUAAAGAAUCAAUGGCAAGCAAUGUUUUUGAAGAAAAUUUUAUACACUAUACGGAAUAAGCUACUCUUUCUUAUACAAAAUUUGAUGCCAAUUGUUUUUAUAAUCAUCACUAUAAUUUUUUCAAAUGAAAUGGGUUUUGGUGAACUCCCAGCAAUGACUAUGCAUUUAACGCAGUAUCCCGAUGCAGUGACGGUACUAGAAACUAAAAGUAAUCUUGCAGAGAAUUCCAUUGAAGCUAAGUUAGCAGAAGAAUACGCUCAAAUUGCUAAAUCUUUUGGUAAAUCCUAUAAGUUUGAAACGACUGAAAGCAAGUCUUUUGGAGAAUAUAUAUUAGAUCUGUCGAAAAGUAUAAUAGCACGUAUUAAUUCACGUUACUUAGCAGCAGCUACUGUUGAUCAGGGAAAAAUUACAGCUUGGUUAAAUAAUCAACCUUUACAUACAGCUCCUUUAAGUCUUAAUUUUGUGCAUAAUGCAUUGGCCAAAGCCACAAUUGAUCCAAAUGCUGCUAUUACCGUAACAAAUAAGCCAUUACCCUACACAACUCAAACAUUGUUAAACCAGUUAAAUAUUGGUCAAAAUUUGGGUAUGCAAAUGGCAACAAAUUUAUGUUUCUGUAUGUGUUUUGUAAGCGCAUUCUAUAUACUGUUUCUGAUCAAGGAACGGGAAUCACGUUCCAAGCUUUUACAAUUUGUAAGUGGAGUUAAAGUUUGGACCUUUUGGCUUACACAAAUACUAUGGGAUAUGUUGACGUUUAUUUUAACAGCGAUUUUAAUCAUCAUAACAUUAGCUUGUUUCCAGGAGGAUGGUCUUGCCACUUUUGCUGAGCUAGGACGUUACUUUUUGGUAUUACUUAUAUUUGGUUUUUCUGUAUUACCGUUUACGUAUUGGAUAUCAACUUACUUCGCAGAACCUGCUACAGGUUUUGGACGCAUUUCCAUUAUAAAUAUAUUUUGUGGUAUGGCGCUCUUUAUUGUCAUAACUGUUAUAUCGUUUGACUUUUUCGACACAAAAGAUACUGCCGAUGCAUUGCAAUGGGUGUUUAGAAUUUUCCCACAAUUUUCCUUAGCUUCCAGUUUGAAUAAACUAUAUUCGAAUGGAGCAACACGUGAUGCAUGUGAAGGUCAAAAUUCGGGGGAAAAUGUAGAGUCAUUUUGUAGAGAAUUACCACAAUGUUGCAAUAUCGAACCAUAUUUCAGUUGGAACGACCCUGGAAUCUUACCAGAAAUAAUUUAUAUGUUGGUAGUUGGAGUUAUAUUUUUCCUUAUAGUUGUUAUACAAGAUUUCGGUUAUAUUAAUGAAAUUAUAUAUAAACUGCGUAAUAAAAAUGUUAAAACACCUCCAACAACAGAGGAUGGUUAUUUAGAUGAAGAUGUGCUAAUUGAACAACAACGUGUGAUAUCCAUGUCAUCAACGGAACUGUUAAAACAAAAUCUUGUAUUAGAUCGGGUCACAAAAUAUUACAAUAAAUUCUUAGCCGUUAAUCAAAUAUCUCUUUGUGUCAAACAUUCAGAAUGUUUUGGAUUAUUGGGUGUGAAUGGAGCUGGUAAAACAACAACGUUCAAAAUGAUGACUGGUGAUGAACGAAUAACAAGUGGCGUAGCAUAUGUUAGGGGAAUGAAUCUGGAGACAGAACGAAACAAAGUGUAUAAAGAAAUUGGUUAUUGUCCACAAUUUGAUGCUUUAAUUGAUGAUCUAACUGGUCGAGAAACCUUAAAAAUAUUUUGUUUAUUACGUGGUAUACAAAAAGAAAAAAUUGAAAUGCUAUCUGAGGAAUUAGCUGAUUCAUUUGGAUUCAGAAAACAUUUAGAUAAAGAAACAAAAGCAUAUAGUGGCGGUAAUAAACGUAAACUUAGUACAGCGAUUGCGGUACUUGGCGGUCCAGCUGUCGUUUUUCUUGAUGAACCAACCUCUGGUAUGGACCCAGCAGCUAGGCGACAAUUAUGGAAUAUGAUUUGUCGUAUUCGUGACUCUGGUAAAUCAAUUGUUUUAACAUCUCAUAGUAUGGAAGAAUGUGAAGCUUUAUGCACACGUUUAGCGGUAAUGGUAAAUGGCGAAUUUAAGUGCAUAGGGUCUACUCAACAUUUAAAGAAUAAAUUUUCUAAAGGAAUUGUUUUAAAAGUUAAAGUACAACGAAGCACAAUAUCAAAUAAUAGAUACAGUUACAACGAAGGAGAGGAACUAGCACAAAUAUUCCAACAAAAUAUUCAGAAUGUUAAAAAUUUUGUUGAGCAACAAUUUUCAAAUUCGGUUUUACAGGAGGAAUAUCAAGGUAUACUAACAUUUUACAUACCUUUAACGGGUAUGCGUUGGUCUCAAAUAUUCGGUCUUAUGGAGCGUAAUUGUGCGGAACUAAAUAUUGAGGAUUAUUCUAUAAGUCAAACGACACUUGAAGAAAUCUUUUUAGAGUUUGCAAAAUAUCAAAAGGAGGAUAAGAGAGCAAAUUAA